CAUAAACCAAAAAGUCCUCUCCAAACUAUUUCAUUCGUUUUCGACUACAUCAACCAUCAAAAUGCGCACCGCCUCUCUGCUCAUUUCUCUCGCCGCCUUUGCUGGCAUGGCUGCCGCCAAGCGAGGCUGCAGACACGACCCGGCCCACCCUGGGCAAGGCUGGUACUAUAUCGUUUCAGGCGACGACCUCAACUCGAUCGCCGCCGAUUUCGGCACCACAGCUGCCGCGCUUGCCAAAACGAACAACAUCGCAAAUCCCGACUUUAUUUCAGCCGGGACGACGAUUGUGGUCCCCUGCGCCUAGGGGAUAUGAGCCGACUGUGCGACCGCUUAGGUCCCAAAACAAUCUACGGGUGGAGCCUUAUAAAUAUGAGCAGAAGCGUAGCGACUUUAGGAUUUGAUGAGAAGGGUGGUUAG